UGCAGUGUGGCAGCCCCAUUUAUGUGCCAUGUGCUCGGAAAUCAACAUUUAAUUUUAUUUACACGUUUUAUCAAUUAAAUAAAGUAUAAUGGCGGUGAAAAAGGUGAAAAUCAGCUCGGUGAAGCGUGCGGCUCAUCUGAAGUCGAAGAAAACGCCGCUCACAAAACAGCAACAAAAUAAAAUUAAACAAAAACGUGAAAACUUGAGCUCCAAACGCGAACAGGGCCCCAGUAUAUUCUCACAGAAGGCACGCAAGCGGGAUAACUUGGCCCAGCGCAAGAAGCACAAUAAAUUGUCCUCCCUGGGAUUGGAUCCACUCGAUGCUGACGACGACGACGGGGAUGAUGACGAUCUGCUGGACAACAUUGCGGACAUGCUGGAUGGAGAUGAUCUGGCGCUGCUCAAUGAAAACAAGCGCAAACGGAAGGCCAAGACAGUCGAAGAUGUGGAUGAUCAGCAGCAGUCUGUGGGCCUCGAGAGGGCCUACGCCACGGCCACCAAAAAGGAGGAGCAAACGCAAAAGAUUAAGGUGAAUCUGCUGCCCAUAAAGUCCAGGGAUGGCGAGAUUAUAACCAGAACCACAGAAGUGGACUACGUGCCCAAACCGAAGCUGCAGAAGCAGCAGGAGGAUUCGGAUGUGGAGAUUAACGAAGAGGAUGACGACGAGGCGAGUGAAUUUGGCGACAGCGAUGAUGAUGUGGUCAACGAUGAGGCUGCACCCACCAUGGAGCCCACAAAUAAAAUGAUUUCCACCACAGAUCUGCUGAUUGCCCGCCAGCAGGAGAUCGAGCGUCAAAAGUAUCGCAUCGGCAUCAUCUGUUCGGGCAUGCUGGAGAAGCCAGAGGAUAAGAUGCGCAACUUUCACGCCCUCUACGAGCUAAUGGACGAGAUAAACCCGGCCAGUGGGCUGCCCAACCUAAUGCCAGUGCGCAAGCUGGCCAUCAUUUCGGUUACGGAGAUCUUUAAGGACAUCCUGCCCGAGUAUCGUGUGGGACAAAUCGACACCAAAAUGCAAACCGUGCGCAAGGCCACGCUGGAGCGUGUCACCUUCGAGAAUGCGCUGCUGCAGCAGUUCAAGAAGUUCCUGCAGAAGCUGGAACAGUUCACGGCGCAGGUGAACAAACGAGGAGGCCUGAAGAAUCCACAAACCGUGAAACUGGCCACCGUGGCCGUGCAGUGCAUGUGCGAGCUGCUGGAGGCCCAUCCGUACUUCAAUUACGUUCAGAACAUUGCCCAACUGCUGGUCUACAUGCUCAACUGCCACUACGGCACCAUGCGUCAGACCGUCAAUCAAUGCUUUCGCUCGCUCUUUGCCAACGACAAGAAGCUGGAUAUGAGUCUGUUUAUUGUGCGUCGCAUCAAUCAGCUGAUCAAGACGAAGCAGAACAAUGUCCAUGUGGAGUGCAUCACCUGCAUGUUGGGUCUCAAGAUCAAGAAUGUCAAUUUGGAUGCCGAGAAGGAGAACGAACUGAAGCAAAAGAAGCUGGAAUCGCAUCGCCAGCGAUUGAUUAGCAUGUCCAAGAAGGAACGCAAGCGGAGAAAGAAGCUGACGGAGCUCAACAAAGAGCUCGAAGAGACCCGCGCUGAGGAGAACAAGCAAGUGAAGCUACAGAAGCUCACGGAGAUCAUCAAAAUGGUAUUCACCAUCUACUUUCGCGUGCUAAAGAAUGAUCCCACAUCGCGUGUGCUGAGCGCCAUACUGGAAGGCCUAGCAGAAUUUGCUCAUGUCAUAAAUCUGGACUUUUUCUCUGACCUUAUCAACGUGCUCAAUCAGAUACUAGAGGAGCAGGACGAAUUGGGCUAUCGGGAGCGUCUGCACUGUAUACAAACAAUUUUUGUUAUCCUAUCCGGACAGGGCGAGGUCCUGAACAUUGAUCCCAUACGUUUCUAUCAGCAUUUCUAUCGGAACAUGCUGGCCGUACAGGCGGGCAAGAAUCACGCUGACUUUACCAUCAUUCUGCGCACUCUCGACGAGGUGCUGGUCAAGCGGCGGCGCAACAUGAGCCAGCAGCGUCUGAUGGCGUUUGUGAAGCGUCUGCUAACAGGCAGCUUGUAUCUGCUGCAUAAUGGCACUCUGGCGACACUGGGAACCAUCAAGCAGACAUUCCAGCUGACUUCCGUGCUGGAUGCUCUGCUCGACACGGACUGCACCAUUGGCUCGGGUCGCUAUGAUCCCGAAUUGGAGGAUCCUGAGUUCUGCAAUGCGGCUGCAACGUCGUUGUACGAGCUGACCAUACUGGCACGUCACUAUCAUCCCACGGUGCGACGACUGGCCAUGCAUAUUGCCAAUGGUGUGCCCGCCUCGGGUGAGGGUGCACUGCCCACGGAUAUUGGCAAACUCACAUCCCAUGAACUGUUUACACAGUACGACAGCACGCAAAUGGCCUUUAAUCCAACGAUAGCGCUGCCCAAAGCAAGCCAACCCAAGCUGAAAAAAGGCAAGCCCAUGUUUAUUCGCUCGGACUUCAAGCAGGAAUACAACCAGCUGCUGAAACAGGGGAAAUUGGCACUCUCUAAAGACAAGCAAACAUUGCAAUUGGAUUUUCUAAGUGCGCUACAAUAAAGAGCGAAUGGAAUGCGAUAGAUAAAGAUUAUGGCAGGCAGUAUAAGUGUUUCUUAGAGCUAAAAUUUGUGCAUGCAUAUGAGGUAUUCCGUUUGGGAGGAAUAUAGCAGCAGAAUCCUUCCAAAAAAGAGACUAAAACUCCAACAAUUUCACAGUAAAAAAACGUUCAUUAUGGUA